AGGACAGAGUUGGAUUAUGUUAUAAGAAGAAGUAGAAGAGCAAACAAAUUAUAAAAUAAAAAAAAAAGAAAAUAAAAAGCAAAAAGAAAAAAUAAAUAAGGAAAAGUGAAAACAAACAAUUCGCAAAAAAAAAAAAAAACAAUUUUUAGUUUAAGUAUUUUUUUUUUGUAUAAUUUAAUUAGAAUAAAGUAAAACAAAAUUGUUUUACCAAUUAUAUUUUGUUUAAAUAUUUAUAUUAAAAAAUCCACCAACAACUUUUCUUCUUAAUAUACUUACAUAAAAUAAAAAGUGAAAAAUUUUUUUUUUUAAUAUGACUUCAUACUUUGAAAUAGGCAUAUUAGUAUCGAUAUUAAUGUUACCGAUAUUUUAUGAAAAAAGUCAUGCAUUUAGAUAUUAUUUUAAAUUUUUAAUAUAUUAUUUAGUUGUUUCGGUAAAUGCAAUUAUUUUAAUACCAGCAUUUUUAUGUCGGCCCUGUGAUGUACGAAAUUUAUUAUGGGCGAGUGCAUUUUGUCAUCAUAUUUCAACAUUUCUUGGUUUUAAAUGGGAAAUAAGAGGAAAAGAGCAUCUCGAAAAAGAUCGAGCAUGUAUUAUUGUAGCGAAUCAUCAAAGUUCUUUAGAUGUUUUAGGUAUGUUUCAUAUAUGGCCUAUAAUGCAAAAAUGUACAGUAGUUGCUAAAAAAGAAUUAUUAUAUGCUCAACCAUUCGGUUUGGCUGCAUGGCUCUGUGGUUUAAUAUUUAUUGAUCGUGUACGAUCUGAAAAAGCUAGAGAUACAUUGAAUUCAGCAAAUCAUAAAAUUAAAUCUAAAAAUAUUAAAUUAUGGGUAUUUCCGGAAGGUACAAGACAUAAUACUGGUAAAAUUCAUGAAUUUAAAAAAGGUGCAUUUCAUAUGGCAGUUGAUGCUCAAAUACCAAUAUUACCCGUUGUAUACAGUUCUUAUGCAUCAUUUUUGGAUAGUAAAAGAAAAAUAUUAAAUCCUGGUAAUAUUAUUAUAUCAACAUUACCAGCUGUACCAACAGAUGGCCUAACAAAAGAUGAUAUACCAAAAUUAAUGGAGGAAAUACAUCAACAGAUGUCUGAAGAAUUUAAAAAUGUAUCAAGAGAAAUUCUUGAUCGUUAUUUAGCUAAUUCCAAAGAUAUAUCAAAUACAAAAAUACAAUUAAUAACAAAAGAUGAUAAAGUUGAUGAUAGUGUAAUAAGAAAAAGUAAUGACGAACUAUUUCAAGAUAUUAGAAGUCGUAAACAACAAAGAACAUUUAAAGAUGCUAUUGUAUCACAAUAAACAAAGGAGAAAAAUUAUAUAAAAGAAUUAAAUUUUAAUUUUACAAAAUUAUUUAAUCGAUUAAUUAAGAUUAUUUUUUUUUUUAAUGUAUAAACAUUUCUUCUUUUUUUUUAAUUUACGAUUAUUACUAAUUUUAUUAUAAUGAUAAAUGUAAGAAAGAAGAAUAUAUGUAAAAUUUCAUAUAAUAAUAUGUUAAAAAUUUUUCGUUUAAUAAUUUUAAUUUUAAUUUCCCUUUUGCUUUUUCUUGUAUUUUUGAAAAUUUGUUAAAUUAGAAUCGAAAGGCUGUAUUUAUUUGAAAAUUUCGCUAAAAAAGUUAUAUACAAAUUUCAAUUGAUUUAAGUGAAAGUAACAAGGGAAUAAAUAUUUUUACAAAAACCAAAAAGAAAGAAAGUAUUAAAAUAAGUAAGGACAUAAUUAAAAACCAAAUUACUAAAUUUAUAUUCAAAAUUUAAGUUAUAUACAUUGAUAUACAAAAUUACUAUUAACCAUUUAAAUUAAUACAUAUUUUUAAUUUUUGGAAACUAUAAAAAUAAUUAAAAUUGUAUAUUAAUUAUCGAAAUUAAGUAAAAGAAAUUUUGCAAAGCUUUAUAUUUAUUUUUUAUUAUAUUCAUUAACGACUGACAAAUAUAUUUUGCGUAAGAAAAAAUUUAGUAUUUACGUUUUUUCUUUUUAAUUAAAUUAAGUAAAUCAUCUUUUAAUGUUUAAAUCAUAUUUUAAUAAAUAUUUUAAAUCACUAUUUUGAUUUCAAAGAUUUUCAUGUAUAUACCUAUUUUCAUAUUAUAUGUUAUAUUGUUUGAUUAAAUGUCAAAAUAUUCAUUUCGCGAAUUUAUUUAAUUUUAAUUAAUCAAAAUUGCAUUUAUUUAAUAAUAUAUCUAUAACAAAUUUUAUUUGUUUUAAUUUCUAUAAUCUUCCCAUAAUUUGUAAUAUCGCAAUUGAAAUAAAACUAAAACAAAUCAAUAAUUUAGUUAGAAAAGAAAAUAGCCAAAAAAAAAAUAAAAUAAUUAUUUAAAAAUAAAGUUAAAGUUGUAAAAUCGUUAAUACAAAAAAAAAUUAUUUCAUUCAAUAUUACAUAUUUAAAUGCUAAGAAUGCAUUUUUUAUUUUGAAGAACUUUUAUAAUUUUAACAAAACAUCACUUUGCAUUGCUUCUACUAUGCAUAAUUUGGUCAUACCAUCAUAAUUUUUUCUUUUUAAAUAUAAUUUUUAAUUUUAUCAUUUUUUAUUUUUGCUUUUUUAUUAGUUUAGACUGAAUUUAUUGUACCAAAAAUUGUUUUUAUCAAACUAUUAUUCUUAAUUAUAUUAAAUUGAAUCUUAAAGAGAUUAGCUUUGUAAAAGAAAAAUUUCCAAAUUUUUUUUUAUCAUUACUCUUAUUUUAAAUUUGAUAUUAUACUGAUAAAAGAAUGAUGAAGAUAAAGAUUAUCUAAAAGUUUUUUUUUUAGAAAAGUAUUUAUUUAUAUUUAAGUACAUAAUUGUAGAUAUUUUUUUUAAUAUUGUGUAUACAAAAUUCGUGUAUAAAAUUUAAAAAAUUUAUAUUAAUAAAUUAGAUAAAAUAAUUGUUCUAAUUGAUAAAAUCAAUUAGUUGAAAUUUAAAAUUUUAUAUUUAUAAUUUAUAUUUCUAUUAUGUUUGUAAUAAUUCCUUUUUUUUCUUUUAUUUAUGUAAUAUAUUUUAAUAAUUUUAUCAUUAUUGUGAAUAUAAAAAUGUCGAUUAGAGAAAAUUAUUCUGUAUUGUAUUUAUAAUAUACGUUUACGUCUGUAAUGUAUGUAUAAAAAAAUUUUUAAUAUUAAUAUCCUUUUAGAUUGAAAAUUACGAGUAUAAUACAUAAUGUAAGUGGAAUUAUUAAUAAAUU